GAGACUUCAGAUUUUCUCUGCAAACUCUCAGAUUCACCUUUCAAGAAAAAAACAGAGAGAGAGAGAGAACAAAGAAGGAUGACGAAAAUUGACUCUCUCCGUCGAUUUCUUCUUCCAUGUAUCUCAACUCCGACGAAUCCAACCACCGUAUCAACAACAUCCACCGGAGCUUCCAAGAAACGUCUCAGUACUUCCCUAAGAGACGAUAUCGACGUUCAAGAUUCAGCUUCUUCCUCCGCCUCUUCCUCCGAGGCUACUUCCGCCGUCGACUACAGCAUAUCCGCCGUCACGGUGCCGCAGAGACCGUCGAAGACGAUGGUGAUUGGUACGAUAUUCGGUAGAAGAAAGGGACACGUGUGGUUCUGUGUUCAACACGACCGUCUCUCUGUUAAACCAAUCCUUCUCCUCGAGCUUUCAAUAGCUACGAGCCAGUUAGUUCACGAGAUGGGUUCGGGUCUUGUUCGUGUCGCUUUAGAAUGCCCGACCCGACCCGAAUUGAAGUCUUGCUUGCUGAGAUCCGUACCCGUUUGGACGAUGUUUUGUAACGGAAGGAAGCUAGGGUUUGCUGUACGGAGAAGUGCUAAUGAAGAGACGAGGAUGAUGUUGAAGAGAUUGGAGUCUAUGACUGUUGGAGCGGGUGUGUUGCCAUCUGGAUCCGGGUUGGGUGGGUCUGAUGAAUCGGAUACUGAUGAGGUUAUGUAUAUGAGAGCGAAUUAUGAGCAUGUUGUUGGUAGCUCUGACUCGGAGUCGUUUCAUCUCAUUAACCCUGAUGCUAACUCUGCUCAAGAACUCAGUAUCUUCUUGCUCAGGACCUCUAGUUGAAUUGGCCUUUUGGGGUAACUUAUGAAUCAUUUUCAUCAUGUUCAGAGAUUGUGAAGUCACAUGAGAAAGAUUGAGAUUUUGAGAGUUCUUGAUGAGAUAUUUCUUUGUGGGUCGUUAGUUCUAGAUCUUUGUAAAACAUUAUUUUGUUAGAAAGAUUGAUGAUUUUUUUCAAGAAUUUCUUGAGUGCUAAUCUUUUUUUGAUGUAACAAAAAUGUUC